AUGAUGCAACUCUCUCUACAGCAUUGCUCUGCCUCUAUGGUCUUCAUUGUUCAGCUCAUCAUGCUGCCGUUUACAACUGAUGCAUCUGAGAAACUGGUAGAAGAUCUCUUUCAGUACAUUGAUGCUCAUCAAGAUGACUUUGUUCAGGACCUUAAAGAUUGGAUAGCUGUUCCAAGUGAUUCCAGCGACCCUCAUCUACGUGUGAAGAAUUAAUAAAAAUGGUAGAGGUAACUGCUCAGAGAAUUCAGACUUUGGGAGCCACAGUACAGCAAGUAGACAUGGGCUUUGAAACGCUGCAUGGUGGACAAAAAAUCAAAUUCCCCCCUGCAAUCUUGGCUGAGCUGGGUAAUGACACCACAAAGGCUACUGUCUGUUUUUAUGGACACGUUGACGUCCAGCCUGCUAAAAAGGAAGAUGGGUGGAAAAGUGAUCCAUACACAUUGACUGAAGUUAAUGGAAACUUAUAUGGACGAGGUGCAACAGACAACAAAGGCCCCGUGUUAGCCUGGAUACAUGCCAUUGAAACAUAUAUAUCACUGAAAAAGGACAUUCCGGUGAACAUAAAGUUCAUUAUAGAAGGGGUAGAGGAAACGGGCUCCCCUGGUUUAGAAGAAUUAAUUAAGGAACACAUGGAUUUCUUCUCUGAUGUGGAUUACGUUGUUAUUUCUGAUAACGUGUGGCUCAGCAAAAAACCUGCCUUGACAUAUGGGACAAGAGGCAAUGCCUAUUUCUUUGUAGAGGUGAAGAGUGGUAAAAAGGACUUGCACUCAGGAACUUUUGGAGGCAUCAUCCAUGAAUCAAUGAGGGACCUAGUAUAUCUUUUAGCAAGUCUUGUGGACUCUACUGGUCGUAUCCUUAUCCCUGGAAUUUAUGAUGAUGUUGCUCCAGUAACAGAACAAGAAAUACAUUUAUAUGAAAAUAUAGAUUUUGAUAUAGAGGAACACAAAAACAACACAGAGGUGAACACAUUUUUGUACAGCAGUAAGGAAGAAAUUCUUCAGCGCAUGUGGAGAUACCCCAGCCUUUCCAUUCAUGGCAUAGAGGGAGCAUUUGCUGGAACGGGG